ACUGUCUGCAACUAUUAUACCUAGCAUAAUUCUGCAUCACGAUAUGCAUAACAUCAUGGCUGCAGUUUGUGCAAUGAUUAUGUUAUUAAUUGUAAACACAGAAUUUUCUAUAGCCGGUAUCGGGCUUCCCGUGAACAGAGUUCACAGUGAAGCGGAGCUUGCUAGCGGAUCUAGAAAAUUUCGCACUGAAUUCCUCCAGGAGUGGCCAACGCCAGGAACUGGGCCUUACUUUGAUACUUCUGUUGCAAAUAACAUCACCGGAUUGGUAGGCAAAACUGUAAUUCUAAAUUGCAAGGUGAAAAACCUAGGCAAUAGAACGGUUUCAUGGGUACGACAUCGAGAUAUACACUUACUUACCGUAGGACGGUACACCUACACUUCUGAUCAACGAUUUGAAGCAAUGCACUCACCCCAUACGGAAGAAUGGACUCUCAGAAUUCGAUACGCUCAACGCAAGGAUUCUGGUAUAUACGAGUGUCAAAUUUCCACCACACCACCAACAGGACAUUUUGUACAUCUCGCAAUAGUGGAACCAGUGACAGAGAUUAACGGUGGACCAGAUUUAUUCAUUAAUAAAGGAUCAACGAUAAAUCUUACCUGCAUCGUGAAAUACGCACCCGAGCCACCACCGGCCGUUGUAUGGAAGCAUAAUCGAGAUGAUAUAAAUUUUGAUUCGCCUCGAGGAGGUAUUUCACUUGUAACCGAGAAAGGCAUCCUUACAACCAGUCGAUUGCUGGUGCAAAAGGCCAUUGCAAGUGACUCGGGUUUGUACACUUGUGAACCGUCGAACGCCAAUCCUGCAUCGGUGCGAGUACACAUACUGAAUGGAGAACAUCCCGCAGCAAUGCACCACGGUUACUCCCCAAUUCAAACUGGGCCCAGUUUAGUUGCAUUUGUACUUUCGACUUUUUUACUUUUCUACCACCACAGUUUUCGAUGGAAAAACUUUCGACUGAUGUAG